GUUUUCUAUCCUAGCAAAGAUGGUACUAAGAUCCCAAUGUUUAUUAUUCACAAGAAAGGAAUUAAAUUGGAUGGUUCUCAUCCUGCCUUCUUAUAUGGAUAUGGAGGCUUCAACAUAUCAAUUACACCAAGCUACAGUGUAUCAAGACUUAUUUUUGUGCGACACUUAGGAGGUGUUCUAGCGGUGGCGAACAUCAGGGGCGGUGGCGAAUAUGGAGAGACCUGGCACAAAGGUGGAAUCUUGGCCAACAAACAAAACUGCUUUGAUGACUUUCAGUAUGCUGCCAAAUACCUCAUCAAUGAAGGCUACACAUCCCCAAAGAAGCUGACUAUUAAUGGGGGCUCAAAUGGAGGCCUCUUAGUUGCUGCCUGUGCUAACCAGCGCCCUGACCUAUUUGGAUGUGCUAUUGCCCAAGUGGGGGUGAUGGACAUGCUCAAGUUCCACAAGUACACCAUUGGCCAUGCUUGGACCACUGACUAUGGCUGCUCGGACAGUAAAGAGCAGUUUGAAUGGCUGUGCAAGUACUCUCCUCUUCACAAUGUCAAGCUACCAGAAGAAGAUGGCAUCCAGUAUCCCUCCACGCUGCUUCUCACAGCAGACCACGAUGACCGCGUGGUCCCUCUCCAUUCCCUGAAGUUUAUUGCUACGCUGCAAUACGUCGUGGGCCGAAGCCGUAAACAAACCAACCCCCUUCUCAUCCACGUUGACACCAAGGCUGGGCAUGGAGCAGGAAAGCCAACUGCUAAAGUUAUAGAAGAAGUGUCAGAUAUGUUUGCUUUUAUAGCACGAUGCCUAAAUCUUGAGUGGAUUGAAUAGGCAAAAAUGCUGAUUAUUGUCUCCUUUAGAAAACAAGGGCUUUAACACCAUUUAAGACCAACCAGACUACUCCUUGGUGUAGUACUUACAUUUAAGAACUGCGGUUAAAUAUUUUAUUGAUCCAGUCUGCUAUGGAGUUUUGAUCUUCUGUGCUUCCCUUUCUGGCAUUUCUUUGAAUUUCUUUUCUACUGCAUUACAAAGUACAUUUUGAAAAGCAUGUUCAAACAAAUAGCUGAGCUACUGUUGGUGCUGUUGUAAACAUUUAGAUUCCAGAGUUAGUGCUAGUUAAGCUUAUUUCCUGUAAACAAUUUUAAUGUAUUUUGCACCUAUAAACAGAUCACCUGUAAUUAAAUGUAAGUACUGGCCACAAACAAGAACUCUGAGCAUACUUUAUUUACACAGUAACUUAUUGAAGAAUGUAAACUGAAGUUCAGUGUCAAUUGUCCAGUGAUAACCGUGAAAUACUGAAGAGACAGUAAUCUGGGUAAUCAUGUCAAGUAUUAUUAAAAACCUUAUAUUACAUGCUGUUCAUAA